AUGAAUACUUCUAAUGCGGCACCUAGCUAUAUGACUCCUGGUCAUAUGCAACAUGUUAAUUAUGGCCAACAACCACCUGCAUCUGAAGAUUUUAUUGAUAAAGCCUAUGUUACAUCAAUUCGUAGCAUUCUUAAAUUUGCUUGUUUGUUAUUUAGUUUUAUUGCAUUUGUUUGCGUGGCAGCAACACCACAAUGUAAUGGCAAUCAAAUCUUUUUGGCUUCGGUUGCGUGGCUUGUUAUUAUAAUGCAAGUUACAAUAAUAAUUGUGUUCGUUUUUCGACUUAAAAGAAAAUUCACUGGGAUUGAUUUUGACUUUUUGGAUUUUUUUGCAACAGCGCAUGAUGCAAUUUAUCUUUUGGUUUCAUCAAGUGUAACGAUUCAUUAUUGUCGAAAUCCUGGACAAGUUGCGGGUGGUGUAAUGGGAAUAUUUGCGUUUGUAUGUUUGGCUGGUGAUGCUGUCGUGAUUUUCUUAGCUCGACGAGACGAAUCAGAUCCUAAUACAAGUAGUAAUGGCGUUCGAUAA